AUGGAGUUAUCACUCUCAUCUUCAUCUCCCCGAGUUUAUGGUACAUCUCCACAUUACCCAAAAUCAUCCAUAAAUACCAAAUGCAAAUUUCACGAGACAGUCUUCAAGUGCCCAGAGACCUCUACUUUGAGAACCAACUCUUACAGUAUCAAAAGAAGCUCCACACUUGUUUCGAGCAGAUGCCCAAAGCAAUUUUCCAUCAGGGCAUGCAGUGAAGUUGGUGCUGCAGGAUCCGAACCAGCAUUGGAUAAAGUUGCAGACUUCAAAGACGCAUUUUGGAGAUUUUUAAGGCCCCACACCAUUCGUGGAACAGCAUUAGGAUCAGUCUCUUUAGUAACGAGAGCGCUGCUUGAAAAUCCAAAUCUGAUUCGGUGGUCACUUUUGUUCAAGGCAUUUUCUGGUCUCGUCGCUCUGAUAUGUGGGAAUGGUUAUAUAGUCGGCAUCAAUCAGAUCUAUGAUAUUGGAAUUGAUAAGGUGAACAAACCCUAUUUACCUAUUGCUGCCGGAGAUCUUUCUGUUCAGUCAGCAUGGUUUUUGGUGUUAUCAUUUGCAGUAGUAGGCGUUAUUAUUGUUGGGAUGAACUUUGGUUCGCUCAUUACUUCCCUUUACUGCCUUGGUCUUUUUCUGGGCACCAUCUAUUCUGUUCCGCCAUUUCGAAUGAAGAGAUUUCCUGUCGUUGCAUUUCUUAUCAUCGCUACGGUGAGAGGUUUUCUUCUAAAUUUUGGCGUAUAUUAUGCCGUAAGAGCUGCUCUGGGACUAACGUUUCAAUGGAGCUCACCGGUGGCUUUCAUCACAACGUUCGUUACAUUAUUUGCGUUAGUGAUCGCCAUUACUAAAGAUCUUCCUGACGUAGAGGGUGACAGAAAGUUUCAAAUUUCUACUUUUGCAACAAAACUUGGAGUACGAAACAUUGCGUUACUAGGGUCCGGACUUCUGCUGAUCAAUUAUAUUGGUUCUGUUGCGGCAGCAUUCUACAUGCCUCAGGCUUUCAGGGGAAGCUUGAUGAUACCAUUCCAUGCUAUCUUGGCUUCAUGUUUGAUUUUCCAGGCUUGGGUACUUGAGCGUGCAAAUUACACCCAGGAGGCGAUAGCAGGGUUCUACCGUUUUGUAUGGAAUUUAUUUUAUGCAGAGUACAUCGUAUUUCCCUUCAUUUAAUUUAUUAUA